AUAAAACAAAAAUAUUUGUAAUCGAUUCUGGAAAAAAAUAAAAACUUAAACAGAUAAAAAGAAAUUCUCUAUAAUGUUAAUUCACUACAUAAAAUUCAUUAAAUUCAAUAUGGUUUAUGAAAACCUGACUAUGGGUUUAUUUGUAGAUUACAAUGUAGCUUCCAGAUCAAAGCUUUCAAAUCGUCUAUAUAUCGAACGUAUUACAAAAAAUGUGUUCAAGUAUACAAAAUACCAAAAUAUCAAUGUUCGUACCUUUAUUUACUUCCUUAACGUUUAUAUUCUCCUUAGUGAAUCGUUUCAUAUCUAUGAAUUUUAAUCAGUCAUUAUCUGUCAUUUGAACUGUUACUUUCUUCAACACCGCUUUUUUCGAUACUAAAUUUAUUAUGGCUAUAUCGGAUUACUUAUAUAGAUAUAUGUAUAUAUAGUAAUAUACUUAGUUAAAGGAAAAAAAUACCUGGAAUAAGUAAAGUGCCUAAAAUAUCUCUGAUUUCAAAAUUGUUUAGUUAUAGCCGUGGAGUUGACAAUACAGGCAUAAUAAAACCAGAAAAGGAAGAUAUGCAUUUUUCAUUCAUAUAUAUACUUGCAAUGUGCUUUUCGAUUAAAGGUGAACAGUGUGACGAAGUUUCCGAGAAAUCACCAAAUGUUUACAUUGACCAAUUUUCGAACGAUGUAAAUGAUCUUCUCCAAGAACUGGACGAAAAAUAUUCUAUGACAGAAAGUAUAGGAAAUGCAAGGAAAAAGAUGCAAGAAGUGAGAUUUGAAAAAUGGGAUAAUGAUUGUAAAUCAGCGGGAAUGCUCAUAAAUUUGUACACAAACUCUGACGAGAUUAUGCACUUGCCAGGGGUGACUUUUUACAGAAGCUUGAGUCAAGCAAUAAAGAGUGAUAACCCUGGAUUUAUUUGGCAAAAAUGUGAGCAAUUGCUAAAUAUUGCUUUAAAUAUCAUAGGACAUGAAACUUUUGACAUUGUAUUCAGGGGGGAAAGACGCGGUGAGUCUUCUAUCCCCGAUGACCUUACAGAAGGUUCAUCGUACAAGGAACGCGACUUUUGGAGCACUACCCUUGAUCCUUCAGUCACUGACCAUUUUGGCGGUGCAGAAUAUGCUUUCAUCAUUAUAAAGAACGUUCAAGGUGUAAAUGUUCAACAUGUUUCUGUUACAGAUAUGGAAAAGGAAGUUUUAGUUCAAAGCUCAAGGGAAUAUAUUCUUAAAAGGAAAAUAAGCAACAAGGAAGAACAACAAAAAGUGCUUAAGCGAAUUCACUUGCGGUAUCCUAACUUUAAACCUUCAAAAUUUAACCCUGAGAACAUAUUCAUACUUGUUCCUGUAAAAGUGGAUGGUGAACAUGAUGAGUUAUAAGUAUGUUUUAAAGGUUUUAUCAGCCGUGGGAAUCCAGCCAGUUAAAACGAUGUUUUAAAAAGUCAAGUGUUCAUGUCUUUUAUUAAUUGUGUUAGCAUAUCAUGAUUAUCUUCUACAUGUUUUUCAAGUGUGAAACAAAAUUUCUUUUCCCGUUAAAAAUGUCUGUGAAUGUAAAACUAGUUCAUUGUAUCAAAUAUAUAACAGUUGCAUAGCUAGAAUUAGAUUCUAUAUUUUUGAAAGACAUAUAUUAAAUACUGGUCAAACUGUUUUGAAAAUAUAAAUAGUGAUAAAAG